CCUUGUCAUCAGCUCCGGGCCGCGGUGGGUAUUGACAUGUCAGUGUCACUCGGUCAGCUGAUUGCGGGUCUUAAAGCUCAGUUAGCUUAGCAUAGCUGGAUGUUUUCGUUCCCGUUACUUUUAACGUUUUAAACAAAGCGUUGAAAUUACAUUUUUAAAAUAUAUUUUUUGGAUUAAAUUACUGUUCUUCUUCCGCGGCCUGUGGUUGGUCGCCGUGUGCGCGAGCGGAAGAAGGAGGUGAGAAGGGGUGAAGCUCGCGCUCCGUGUAUCUGCAUUGCAGCCCCGGCGCUGCCGCUGAUGGAAUUCAGGCACACAACAAUGGCGACUCCCAGCCCGAACAACUCGACAACACCGAGCGGCCACGGCAUGAACGCGGGCUCCCAGUCCCAGCACAUCACCACCAUGAGCGGCGUGCAGGAGUCCAACACCUGCUGGAGAUGUCAGAGUGAAACAGGGUUUCAGAUAAACCUGUCUGGAGCUCCCCCAAGCAAACGCAAAGCGCUGAAGCUGAACUUCGCCAACCCGCCGAUCAAACCCACGACCCGCUUCACGCUGAACACGGCCGGGCCGCCCUUCCAGAACCCGCACAUAGAGCGGCUGAGGACGCACAGCAUCGAGUCGUCGGGCAAGCUGAAGAUCUCCCCGGAGCAGCACUGGGACUUCACGGCCGAGGACCUGAAGGACCUGGGAGAGAUCGGCCGCGGCGCCUACGGCUCGGUCAACAAGAUGGUGCACAAGCCCAGCAACCAGAUCAUGGCGGUCAAGAGGAUCCGCUCCACGGUGGACGAGAAGGAGCAGAAGCAGCUGCUGAUGGACCUGGACGUGGUGAUGAGGAGCAGCGACUGUCCCUACAUCGUCCAGUUCUACGGGGCGCUGUUCAGAGAGGGUGACUGUUGGAUCUGCAUGGAGCUCAUGGCGACUUCGUUAGACAAGUUUUACAAGUUUGUGUAUUGCUCGCUAGACGACGUGAUUCCAGAGGAGAUCUUAGGGAAGAUCACGUUAGCCACGGUGAAGGCGCUCAACCACUUAAAGGAAAACUUGAAAAUAAUACACAGAGACAUUAAGCCGUCCAACAUCCUCUUGGACCGGAACGGCAACAUCAAGCUGUGUGAUUUCGGCAUCAGCGGCCAGCUGGUGGACUCCAUCGCCAAGACCCGGGACGCCGGCUGCAGGCCGUACAUGGCGCCAGAGCGAAUAGACCCCAGCGCGUCCAGGCAGGGCUACGACGUCCGCUCAGACGUCUGGAGUUUGGGGAUCACACUGUACGAGCUCGCCACCGGCCGGUUCCCCUACCCCAAGUGGAACAGCGUGUUCGACCAGCUGACCCAGGUGGUGAGAGGAGACCCGCCGCAGCUCAGCAACUCUGAGGAGAGGCGCUUCUCCCCCAAGUUCAUCUCCUUCGUCAACGUGUGCCUCACAAAGGACGACUCGAAAAGACCAAAGUACAAAGAGCUACUGAAAGACCCGUUCAUCCAGAUGUACGAGGAGCGCUCGGUGGACGUGGCGAGCUACGUGUGUCGGCUCAUGGAUCAGAUGCCGACGUCUCCCAGCUCCCCGAUGUACAUGGACUAGCGGGACCAGACAGAAUAUAUAUAUAUAUAUAUAUUCACCAGUCUGCAACCGUAAAUACAUUUAAAAAACACACACACAAAAAAAGACAGACAAGAAAGUGAACAAUCGCAUCCUUGUGUACAUUUGCUUGGUUCCCUUAUUGCAGUGUUUUAAAAAGAGAAUUGUAAAGCCUAAAGAAAAACAACAACAACAACAAAACACCAUCUGCAAUAAGAGUGGUGUUUUAUUUCACUUAUGUCUGUAUAAUAUACACUUCUUUUUCUCUCACACACACACACACACACACACAAUCUGGUGCACUCGGACGCUCUGUCAUGUAAGUAUAGUAGCCGCUCAAUCAAUCGGUGAUUUAAAAAAAACAAUUAUAAUAAUAACGUGAAACUUGUAUUUAUAGAAACCAAAAGAAAAACAUAAUUCUUCAUACUGGAAUCGUGCUCUUUGUGAAUUGUCCCACCUUCCAUGUGCGUAACUGAAAAGCAUCGUGUUUGCUAUCUUAAUGGAACUUUGCUUCUCUGGGUAUAAAAAAGAAGAAGAAAAAAAGCAGUUUAAACAACAACAAAGUGUCGGUGACCCGGUGGGCGCCGAGCGGCCGCUACCCCCCCCCCCCUCCGUCGUCCUCGCUGUACAGUGGACUAUAUGCUGAUAUAUGAAUAAAGGAGGAGAAAAGACA